AUGAGGGCAGCAUCAUUUGCCAAUCCCAUUAUCCCCGGGUUCAACCCGGAUCCGUCCAUCGUCCGGGUGAAUCACGACUAUUUCCUCGUAACAUCGAGCUUUGAAUACUUUCCAGGAGCCCCUAUAUACCAUAGUACGGACCUUGCACAAUGGAAGCUCAUUGGCCAUGCCCUAACACGCACAAGUCAAAUACAAAUACAAACACCGGAGCCCGGUGGUGGUGUCUGGGCCACAACCCUCCGCUUCCAUAAUGGCACAUUUUAUAUUGUGGCUGCCAGUUUCGAGCACUAUCGCCCACAGGAGGACGAUAGGGUUUGGCCCCUUGGGUUUUAUGUCAAGACGGACAAUAUUUGGGAUUCAGACUCGUGGUCUGAGCCGGUGUAUUUCGACCAAGUAGGAUUCGACCAGGAUCUUUUUUGGGACGAUGAUGGUGCUGUCUAUCUCUCUUGUACACGCCGCAAGCUUCAUCGGACGCCGGGUGCCAACUUGAAGGACUUCGCAAUCCACAUUUGCACCGUCAAUCUCGAGACCGGUGCUUCUACCUCAAAAGCUCGUCUCAUCAGAGAUUCGACAUCUGCUGUCUCGGAAGGAUCGCACAUCUUUCGGCGAGGGAAGUAUUACUACCUCUUUACAGCCGAAGGCGGUACUGAGAGUGGACAUAGUGAAUGUGUAUGUCGAAGUGAUCAAAGCCCCUUUGGGCCGUGGGAACCUGGACCGAACAAUCCUCUGUGCCAUAAUGGAGGCCAGGACGAUGUGCAAAAUGUCGGGCAUGCAGAUUUGGUCGAAGAUGAGCAAGGAAAUUGGUGGGCGGUGCUGUUGGCGGUUCGGCCAGUCAGGAAGAGUGAAGAUAAGUGGGAGUCUUCUGUAUUCGGUCGUGAGACAUUCUUGGUAUCAGUGGACUGGGUGGAUGAUUGGCCCGUGUUCAACCAAGGCCGGAAAAUAUGCCUUGAGGCGACCUCGCAGAAACUUGUUAAGCACAAUGACUCAGUGGUCUGGACAGACAGAUUUUCCGCACCAAAGCUAGAAUUAGGCUGGUACAGGAAGAACACACCGCGAAAACAAGACUUCUCCUUAACUGAAAAGCCUGGCUAUCUUCGACUGUAUGGUGCGCCCUACAGGCUCUGUGACCCUGCAUGUCCAACUAUGUUCCUGCGCAAACAAACCCAUCGGUCCUGUAAAUGGGAGACGCGUUUGUCGUUUCUCCCGUCCACCGCAUAUACUGAGGCUGGAACGGUUGUGUGGAUGGAUUAUUUCACACACUGUUCUAUUGGUAUCCGACUGAAGCACCCUGCCAAUAAUCAAACUGCUGAUGAUAUUACGUAUAAGGAUAGCCAUCUGCAAAGAAUCAUUCGAUUUUCCCCUCCGGCCGGAAGUGGCAGCGACAUAGUUGAGUGGCAAUUGACUAGCUUCCACUCCGAUGUGAUACUUCAGGUUGAGUGUGGCAGCAAAUACCGAUUUGGCUUCCGAGAGUUCAGCGAUAAGUCUGAAAGCUGUGACAAAGACCAAGAUCAAACUAUAUGGGUCGGCGAAGUUGCCAAUGAGGUUAUGACACGGCCUCCUCCAAUUGGUGCGCAGUUCACUGGUGUCAUGUUGGGAUUGUAUGCCUUGGGCGAGUAUCAUCCAUGCUCUACACCUGCGGACUUUCACCAUGUGCAUUUUACAAAUUAUGGAUGA